AUGGCUGGAGGAGACUACCACCCCUUCAAGGUCGAUCCCUCCAUCGAAAGAUGGCAGGAGAUGCACAACUCCAUGUACACCCGCUUCCGUAUGACCCCUUCCAAGACGCGCAUGUUCAUCCUCUGGGGUCUGACUGUGCCGCUAAUCACUUACUGGGGAGCAAAGUACACAGAUAACCGCUGGGACUGGAGGGCUCGUGGCCGUGAGGACUCUCUCCUCCGCAAGCCGCCCCAGCCCGAGCAGUCAGAUGAGGCCGAUGAGUAG